AUGCGUUUCUCUGUUGCCUCAACACUUUUGGCACUCGCCACCGUCGCCUCUGCCGCUUCCUCAUGGACUUUUUCGGACGGUACCGUUAAAGUGUCCUCGAAAAGCGGCAAUGGUGCAGUAGAGAAAUUCAGCGGCAAUUCUCGAGUGCAGAACACACUUACUCUGGGCCACCAGGACAAGCUCAAGGUGACGCUCACGACGAAAGAUGGCUCUACGGCGAAGCGACCGCACCAAGCUUUCUUGGUCGUAAAGGAGGCAUCUGGUCUAGAGGCGCCUUUCCCGUUGACCGUGAAGGACUCUGGAAAGGGAACGGUCGAGAUUUCUCAGAAAGAUCUUCCCGUCCAACUACUUCUAUCUCAAGAACCCCUCGAGGCCAGCCUUAUCCUGGGCUCCUUUGGCUCUUCCGAAGGCUCUGUCACCCCUGUUUUCGAUUUCGCCGUCAAGCUGGACCCGGCCACCGCUGCGCCAAGCUAUGAGAAGCCGCUGCGAUAUGGCAAGCUUGCUGAGAUCCACCACAUUUUCCGAGCCGAUCCCAAGAACCCUCCCAAAAUCGUCUCCAUUACAUUUGCACUUGCCGUACUGGCUACUGUGCCGGCCUUGUUUAUCGGCUGGUUUGCUCUUGGUGGAAACUUUACACAUGUGCAGAAGGCUCUGGGCAAUGCUCCCAUUUCGCACAUUGUCUUCUUCGGAUCAAUCAUUUCCAUGGAGGGUGUCUUCUUCCUCUACUAUACACAAUGGAACUUGUUCCAGACUCUGCCGGCGAUUGGCGUUGUUGGCGUCGCUGCCUUCCUGAGCGGAACCAAGGCUUUGGGAGAGGUUCAGCGCCGACGAUUGGCCGGCGAGAGGUGAGUAUCAUGAAGAGGGCAAGGCAGGCAACGAAAACGGAGUUGAGAUGGGAGGCUAUUUCUCAGUGUAGAAGCACCUGGACUAGAUCUCUAGCAUAGCAUAGCCUGGCUGAAGCGGCCGUUGGCAUAUGGCGAGACAUGAAGAGCCUCUUUUUGAC